AUGCGCUUUACAAUCCUAGCCUCCGUCUCGUUCAUCUCCCUGGCGGCCGCCGAAUGGAGUGUCGCUUCUUACACCGACAACGGUUGCAAGGGGACCAACAACUGGUCUCAAGGGGGCGGGGGUGUUCAGGACUGCGUAACAAUUCCCAGCAACGAGGCAUCUGUCUAUGUCGAUCCGACCAGCGACGCUCUCCAGAUGUACCUCUAUUCUUCCACGGAUUGCAGCGGAUCGCCCACAUAUGGCGAGGAGGACGCCAUCACUGGUUGCCUCGAUGAUGAGCUGCGCUCGUUUAAGGUUGUGAAUGCUUGCUCCCCCCAACUUUUCCUCCUGCAAAUGCCCGCGAUGCCAGACAAGCGGAAAUCAACCAUGGAAGGGCCCUCCCCCAAGCGGCCUCGAGUCUUUGACGAAGGUGAAAGUGGCGAGUCGACCGGGGCAUCUCACGAGCGACCUCGCAAUCACCCCGUUUACGGCCAGAAGAACGCGUUCCCGGGUCUGGACGACGGCGGCGACGACGAACUCUUCUACGGCCCCGCCGAGGAUGGCUUGGAAUACCUACGCAUGGUCCGAUCCGAAGCGAGCUCGCUACCAUCGCUCUUCCUUGCCCCAGCUUCAAAACAGGAGAAUGCCCCCUCGGUUUUGCCGACAGCUUCAAAGUCCUUAUCCCUACCGGCCGGUUUCUUCGAGGAUGAGGCCUAUGUCGCCCCUGUCCAGACGGACAGCAACACGAUCGCGCCCGCCGAAGACUCAUAUCCAGAAGCACAAAUAUCUUACUAUACCCUACUCCGACAUCGAUUUCUUCUCCUCCGAUCCACCUUGAAGUGCACACCCCCCGCCACCUCCAUCGCCGCCCUCGACGACACCCAUCCUAUCAGCCUCCCCCGCAGAGUCGAUGCCGCGCGCAAGGAAUGGCGGAAGCUUGUUCUCUCCGUGGAUCCCCAGAUGGUUCAACUAGCCUGCAUGGACCUGGAAAGCGUAUUAGGUGUGCUGCAGAUUACGGCCCGACUCUUGUCCGACACUGUCCGGGGUGGGAACGCGGAGCUCAUUCGACGCAUCGGCGCCUGGGCUUGGGGUUUAUUGGGCAAGUGUCGCGAAAUUGGAGAGCUGGCGACAGAGGAUGUUGGAGAGGUUCGCGAUCUCGGGAAACGGGCCGUGAAGAUCUUACAAAAAGUGCAAGAGGCGGAGAAUAGCCAGACCAUGGAGGAGGCCGAAGCGUCUGACGCGGACUCUAGAAAAGAUGAAAUAUCGGAAACCUCAGCUACCUCAGCUAAUCUAACCUUGGAAGAACCGCGGGAGGCUGCGGAUGGUCCAGAAGCUGAAAUGCCCGACGCGACCAGCCAAGUGGAUGAACUGGAGGCGGCAAAGGCACGAUUACAGGCCAGACUGCUGGAUAGCGCUAGCUCGGAAGCAGCCACUACUACAGAUCAAGGAGCAGUGUAUCGACAGUCUCGCGCCUUGCUCGAUAUGAUCAUCACCGUCGUGGGUGAGUUCUUCGGACAGCGCGAUCUGCUGGAUGCACGGGAGGUCUGGGUCAGUUAG